UUUGGCUCAGUGCUCUGUAUUCUCUGUCUGUAGGCUUUAGCCAAGGCUGCAGGGCUCAGUGUUUGAACAAGGAAUGAUUCCCAGGUGUACAGAAGAUUGGAUUCGCUCUUAUUUGGGUUGAACACGGUGAAAUGAGAUUUUUAAAGCUCGCGGACUCCAGCUCGCCUUCUGUUGCUCCCGAUCUCGGCGAGAUGGGUGAGUUAUUCCCGUUAGAAAAGAAGGGAAUGGAAAUUUAAGCAAAAAAAAAAUGUCUGAAUAUAUAACUGCUGAGGCUGGGGAUAGGAAUCGCAGGAAGCUGCUGAGCUAGUGAUCUUGGCUCCUGUGUGGAGAUCAGGCCAUAUGUCAGAGAAAUGGUGCAGACCGAAAGCUGUUGACAACUGUUAGAGGCUGUUUUCCUUCCCCCCCCCUUCUUAGGUUGGUUGUUUUUUCCCUACCAUCCUUUUAAUCAGCCCUGCCUGCCUGCCUGCCUGCCUGCCUUCAUUUUGCAGAUGGGGAACGUGCCUGUGUAUUAGGAAAACCUUGCCCAACGAAUUGAAGCCCCGGUGAAAAAGGACUCUUUGCAACAACAGGAGGGGAACGCGAGGGAAAAAAGGCUGGGGUCUAGGACUGUCUUCAUUGCUGCCUGAAGGAAGCUGGCACGGUCCAUGGUGCUGAAUCCUGCAUCUCUUCCAACCCUCAUCCUCCAGCCGCCUCACGCUGAGCCCUGGGCACCGGCGGGGCUGCUGCGUUUCUGUGGAUGAGAGCAGAACCCCGGUGCGGUGGGUAAGUCGCUGCGCUCCAGCUUCAGCCAGUCAAGGGAAGAAACUGAUCCAUUCCGUUGCCUUGAUGACAGCACCACCGACAACAAAACAAACCUAGUGAAUGGCAAGGCUGGGACAGAGGCGGAGGUGGUUUUGAAACAAAGAUGUCACUGGCUGCACACCUACAUGCAGUCUGCUAAUGGAAAGACGCCUGCGAGUGUGGAUCGCUAAUUAGGGGUGGAGGGACCCCCCCCCCAGACCAGGGAUUGAAAUUAAAACAACACAUUUCUUCCCCACCUCCCCUUCCCGACCCUAACCAUCCAGCCAACCAGCUGAUGCGCUUGUCGGGCUACUGACAAAGAAAAGGCAAGUCAUUGAUUCUUGCAACCAGGAUAGCUGUGACUGCUGCCGUUGAACUUUCCUCUCCAGCCCUGUGCUCUUGGGAUGUUGCAGGUCACACGCUGAUAUUAAAGGGACCCUUCUGUCUUCGUCAGCUGGCCAGAUCGAAAGAGCUUGGUGGACCGAUCUUACGGCCAGAGCCUUCAGGACACUGCAAGGGAAGAUUCCUUGCCCUGACCCCCAGACCCCUUCCAUGCCCAUGCAGCGGGGGGCACACACCUCUGUACAGGCACGCCUCUGUUUUUAAGUGGGAAGCUCAGAUUUCUUCGCCGGGUCUGCACUUGGCAUGCUCUGCGCUGGAAGAGUGGAGCCAUAAGAGAAGCGGGUGAGUCUCCAGGAUUGCCUCCAGGCCAGAACUUCGUAGAGCUUUUCCAGGCUCCGGCGGCUUGGAUGUGAACCCGCCCGAGUUGUUGACAUUGAAGGCAGACGCGCUGUCAAGUGACUCCCAGCAGCUGCUCCUGGAGGUUUCCGCGGGGUCUCGCGUGGAAGGGCUUUGCCUGUUGUGAAGAUGUCCAUGGUGUUGCUGUGAAGCUGAGGUAUGGCUGCGGGAAGGUUACUGCUCUAUGCUGGCCUCUCUCUAGCUUUGUGUGCCCUGGGCAUGCUGGCGGUGGCAAUCUGCUCCGACCACUGGUAUGAAACGGACGCCAGGAAGCACAGAGAGAGGUGCAAAAGCUUCACCACCAGGAGAAACGACCCUGGCUUCAUUUACAACUCCAACAACAACCUGCCUCUGAGGGCCAGCAGAUCUAGGUUGGACCGCUGGGAAGGGAAACUCCUCUUGGCAAGGAACAGGAGGCAGCUCUUUGCAAUGAGCGCCGCCGAUGAGUGCAACAGACAGUACAACUCAACCAACAUGGGGCUCUGGAGGAAAUGCCACAGACUGGGCUUCGACCAAGAGCUGGAGGAGCUGAUUGCCAAAGGAGCAAUUGAUCAGUGCACGUACAUCAAGUACCACUACUCCUCAGCAACAAUUCCCAAGAACCUCACCUACAACAUCACCAAGACAAUCCGCCAGGAUGAGUGGCAUGCCUUGCACCUGCGUAGGAUGACGGCUGGCUUUAUGGGCAUGGCUGUGGCCAUCAUCCUCUUUGGAUGGAUUAUCGGGGUGCUGGGGUGCUGCUGGGAUCGAGGCCUUAUGCAGUAUGUAGCAGGGCUUCUCUUCCUCAUGGGAGGUACCUUCUGCAUCAUUUCACUGUGCACAUGCGUGGCUGGAAUCAACUUCGAGCUCUCCCGCUACCCCCGCUACCUGUACGGACUUCCCGAUGACAUCAGUCAUGGCUACGGCUGGUCCAUGUUCUGUGCGUGGGGAGGCCUGGGCCUCACUCUUAUAUCGGGCUUCUUCUGCACCCUGGCCCCUUCUGUCCAACCUGUCCCCAGGACCAACUGCCCCAAAUCCAGACCUGAGAAUGGGACAGUGUGCUAAAAUAAAUAAACAAAUGUGUGUAUAUAUAUAUAUGUAUACACAUACAUACAUAUAUAUAUAUGUAUAGAUAUAUUUAUCUCAAACUGAUGCCAGUGCCAAGGUAGAGCUCAGUUCAACAUGGCACCUGCAUCUCCCCAGGACUUUCUGUUGCUUCGUUCUUUCUCACAGAGAUGGGAAAGCUUUUCUGUAACAUGGCUCUUCCAUCUAACUCUUAACUUCAGUAUCAUAAUGUAAAGGUCAAGUGAAAAUACUGUUGCAUCUAUCUACUGCCACCUGGGGUGGGUGGGGAAGCAGGUUAUAUGGAGGAUGUGAAACCUGAGUCUGUACAGGACGUGGGGAACCAAAAACUAUCAACUGCAAGGCAAGAGGAGAAUACAAGCAACAAGCAAAGAAACGAAUCAACCAUCUGAGUCACCUCUAGAAUGUAACCUCCUCGAGGCCAUUUUCAAACCCCUAACACCUUUAAAAAAACAAACUGUCCCAUCGUUAUUUUUCUUCCUGCCUAAAAAAGCGGGGGGGAGGAAGCAUUUUCUCUUUGCCUGCCAAACUUUAAAAAAACAAACAAAUAAAAUAAAUAUGGAACAACAAACAAACAAACAAAGAAGAAAAAAACCAUGAGGACAUUUCAGCGGAUGUUCUAACAAUGCCGUUUUAAUCUUCCAGCUGCCUUACAUCCAGGCUUAACACGGAGGCUGAACUGCUAACAGAGACGCAGUGGGGGGCCUUUUGAAAAUGCUGUGAUACAUGUGUGUAUAACUCUAUUUUCCCUUCUUUUUUUUAACAAAAAGAAAAAUUUAAAAACAUUGAAAUGUGAUCGUCUAUAAUCCAUCCAUGCUGUGUUUGUAGCCCAAGGAAGAGGCAUCAAGACUGCAGAAGUGCGAGGGAAGGCACGAGUUCUGAGACAGCCGGUCUCCUUCGCUGGAGGUUGUUGGUUUUUUUCAAACGGAACAAUGGAAAAUUCAGGAUGGUGGAUACCAGGAAAGAACCAUCCGGGGGAAGGGAGGUGGGAUAGCCCUUGCAGUUGAUUUUCCUGAAUAUUUAUUUGAGUAGGAUUUGUUUUAUUUUCCAUUUUGGAAAUUAAAGACCAUUGGGCAAAAGCCAUUGCGGAGGAGAAAAGGGGGACAAGUUUUUGUAAGGGAGAAAUAAGUGGUGCCUCUUGUUGUGUCCAGGUAUGCCAAAAAAGACUUUCCCACAUCUUGUCAUUGGAAACUGCCCCAUUUCACUGGACAUCUCUUCUUUCCAUUUGGGAGAACAAUCUAUACAGAUGGAAUAGAAUGGGUCAGAUGCAGAGAAUGAAAAUCCAUUCCCCAUGAGCUCAAGUCUUGUAUGAUAUAGUUGUGAAUCCACAAUUAGAAUUCUCUCUCUUUUUCUGUGUGUGUGUCUUUCUCUUUUUCCUGCUUCUGCCCUAUCUGCCAUCCCCUUUCUACUCUGCUCCUCUCAUUGUGCAGCUCAUAGAUCCCAGAACAGCUAAUUUAGCAGCUAAAACUCAACUGGGGAGGAAUAAAUCAUCCAGGGAAGCUAAAUUUCACCUGAAAUUCCAGUAGUUCCUACUGUGGAAGGUGUGGCUGGAAGGAAUGCAGGGGAGAAGGCUCCAAUAGAGUAACUAAAGUGGAGUCAGAGGGUGCUCUCACUGAAUAGCCAUGUGAAGGAGUGUAGAGAACCACUUCCUUGAGGCAUUUACUGACAAAUGUGCAGGGAGGGGAGAAGGGGUAUGAAAAAACAGUUGUUAAUUCAAGACCAAUCUCUGCAACCAUUUGUUACAUGAAUAGAUCACGUCACAUGUCCUAGUUGGUCGAUAGAUAACAAACAUCCAUGGCAUCUAAGCAAAAAUAAUUGGCAGAAGAGGCAAUCCAUUUGAAACAGAAUUUGCUCCUGAAAAAAAAGGAUGUGUUGACUUCUAGGCUUAUAGUGCUGCGGGGAGACAGUGUUUUGCCUACUUUUAAAAAAAACAGUCAUUGUCAUACAAUACAAUUAUAGAGACAUUGUCAGUCGUUCCCUGCACCCUCUCUCCUUUCCCUUCCCCUAGGUCUUUUUGUUGAUUUUGUUUUAUUAAUCUGGCCCAAAGAAAUGAAGACUCUUGGGGUAUUUCAGAGUAGGAUUGAUUUGUCUAUCUUUUAUUCUCACUAAGCUGUUUGUUUUUUUGUUAGCUUGAUUUGGCUUUUACAUAUUCCACAAUCAAGCAAAUCCAAGCUGCCAAAGGAGUGUGUUCACACUAAAGUGCCACCUUCUGUAGGUGAGUUUUCAUUCAUUUCGCUUGCAAACGGAGCUGGUUGAAACAUUUAAAAAAAUUGAAGAGUUUUGGUUUCUAAAUGGACCAAUUUUUUGGUUUUUAAUUUUUUUUUGGCAAUUUUUAAAAAUUAAAGUGCUUUCAAAAAUCAUGGUUUUGUAAAUAAAACUGGUCAAUUUUCAAAAUUCCUACCAUAUGACUAAGCUGACUAAUUAACAAUGGUAAAAGGGGGAAAAAUAAGAAAACACAGAAAA